UUGUCUACAAUCGAUACAUUGGUCGUUCGAAGAGUUCAGAAUUGUCUUUUAAAAAAAAGAGAUUUUUAUUUUCCAAACACAAAAAAAUGUUAAGACUGAACAUAAUUCAACAAUUGACCAAAAUUAGUUUAGGAAAUACGAUUUAUAGACGAUGUUUUUUUGGAACUCAAAGAUUAUAUAGCAAUGACCAACAACAACAAUAUGAUGAAUCAGAUAUUUCUUCCAAAAAAGAUGAUGAUAAUAUCGACCAACUGCCCUUGUAUGAUGGUCAUAUCCUUUUAUCUCCGAUACAAAGAACAUUAUUGUCAGUCGGUUCUGCAUUAGCCGCUCUUAAUGAUCCAUAUCGUGAUGAUGCAGUUGCUACAUUCGGCGAAACAACUGGUUAUUAUGCAUUACGACAAAUGUACGCUGAAAUGCUUAAAAAUCCAGAAGGACAACGUGUCAUCCGUGAUCAGCCGAGAAUUCAUUCGACAACCAUUGAUCUAGAAGCAUUGGGUCAACUACCACCUAAUACUUUUGGUUAUAAUUACUACGAUUUUUUGAGAGUCAAUAAAAUUACACCAGAUUCACGAAAACAGGUUCGAUUUGUUGAUGAUCCAGAAUUGGCAUAUGUAUGUCAACGUUAUCGUGAAGUACAUGAUAUUGUACAUUGCAUUCUUUCGAUGCCCACGAAUAUGUUGGGAGAAGUUCUUGUUAAAUGGGUAGAAGCCAUACAAACUGGAUUGCCAUUAUGUUGGUUUGGUGGUUUAUUUGGUGCUAUUAAACUGAAUCCUAAAGCUAGACAGAUAUACUUGAACCAAGGUCUUCCAUGGGCAUUGCAAUGUGGUCAUCAAGCCAAAAAAUUCAUGUGCAUCUAUUACGAAGAACGUUUUGAACAGGACUUUGAAGAUUUGAGAAAAGAAUUGAAUAUUCCGAAACCACCAAAAAUUGGUAAAAUACGAUCACAUGUAUGAAUGAAUUAUUAUUAAAAUAUGAUAUACAUAACCAACGCUAACAAUAAAUAACUGAAAACUUUUUGAUAUUGUUGAAAAAAAUCAUAAUCACUUGUGAAAGAUAUUUGGCCACCAAUUGGACCCAUUUUGUGAGUACUUUUUUUGUCCGCAACAAAUAAGGCGAAUGGUUCUACUUGAAGUUUCUCAGCUAG